CGCGGGGCCAUGGAGCUGGCGGCGGCCCUGCCGCUCGGGGAGCUGGCGGCCGCCUUCGCGGCGCUGCCCGUGUUCCCGCUCUUCGACACCGCGUACUUCAUCGUCUCCGUCCUCUACCUCAAGUACGAGCCAGGAGCUGUGGAGAUGUCUCGCAAGAGCCCUUUUGCCUCCUGGCUUUGUGCUAUGCUCCACUGCUUUGGAAGCUACAUUCUUGCUGAUCUGUUACUUGGAGAAUCACCUAUUGAUUACUUCAGUAACAACUCCAGUGUCAUCCUGGCCACAGCAGUCUGGUAUUUGAUAUUCUUCUGUCCCAUGAACCUCUUCUACAAGUGUGUCAGCUUUCUGCCAGUGAAGCUCAUCUUUGUGGCAAUGAAGGAGGUGGUCAGAGUUCGCAAGAUCGCAGCUGGGGUCCACCACGCUCACCACCACUACCACCACGGCUGGUUCAUUAUGAUGGCUAUUGGAUGGGUCAAAGGUUCUGGUGUUGCUUUGAUGUCUAACUUUGAGCAACUACUCCGUGGGGUCUGGAAGCCAGAAACAAAUGAAAUUCUUCGUAUGUCCUUCCCUACAAAGGCUAGUCUGUAUGGUACAGUGCUCUUCACUCUGCAACAGACUCACUGGCUCCCUAUCUCUGAAGCCAACCUCAUCUUCUUUUUCACCAUGUUCAUGAUAGUUUGCAAGGUUUUCAUGACGGCAACUCACUCUCACGCCUCACCUUUUGCUCCGGUGGAAAACUUCAUCUGUCCAGUUUUCUUCGGCUCCGUUUCCAGUGGACACAGCAGUCACCAUCACGAUCAUCAUGGGGCCUCCCAUGAGGUUUCCCAUCCUCCGCCGCCUCCUGCUAAGUCAAAAGAAGAGCUAAAUGAAGGCACAAGAAAACGGAAAGCCAAGAAAGCUGAAUAAAGAAGCAACCACACAGUAAAUAGGCCAGGAAAAUUCUUCCAGAACUGAGUCUCAAAGCCACCUGUGACCUCCUUUAUCCUCCAGUCCUUCUCUCUCAGACUCCAGGAGAGGUGGAAGCCAGGAUACUGCCAGGCGGGUCCCUGAAUUUCAUUUGUGCUCUCUGUGCUGCUGCUGGUCUCUCUAUUCUGAUCACAUUGUCGGGGAUUCGUAGGUUUGGGCCAGGAUGAUCAGCGGGUGCCAGUUCUCAGGCUGUCAGCAGCUACGAUGCAGCUCGUUCAACUGAUGUAAAAUCUUUCACUGUGUUUAUUUAUGAAUGGAGGUGAUGGUUAGUGCUCCCGCAACUCUUAAAUCCCUUAGAGUUUUCAUUGACCUUUUUAAUGUCUACCAAAAGAACAAACUGUUUAGGUGCAAUCAAUGUGGAAAUUGGAUUUUAUACUCAAUGAAAUGCAACGAGUCUCACAUGAGCCUGAUCUAAUUUU